CCCGCGGGGCUGAGGCCGGGGCCGCCGCCGCCGCGGGGCGGGGGCCGCGGCAAGAUGGCGGACCUGGAGGCGGUGCUGGCCGACGUGAGCUACCUGAUGGCCAUGGAGAAGAGCAAGGCCACGCCGGCCGCCCGCGCCAGCAAGAAGAUCCUGCUGCCCGAGCCCAGCAUCCGCAGUGUCAUGCAGAAGUACCUGGAGGACCGGGGGGAGGUGACCUUCGACAAGAUCUUUGCACAGAAGAUCGGGUACCUGCUCUUCCGUGACUUCGCCCUCAACCAGGCAGAGGAGGCCAAACCCCUCAUGGAGUUUUACGAGGAGAUCAAGAAGUAUGAGAAGCUGGACUCCGAGGAGGAGCGAACUGCCCGGAGCCGCCACAUCUUUGACCAUUACAUUAUGAAGGAGCUGCUGGCCUGCUCCCAUCCCUUCUCCAAGAGUGCCACAGAGCAUGUCCAGAGCCGCCUGAGCAAGAAACAGGUGCCCCCAGACCUCUUCCAGCCCUACAUUGAGGAGAUCUGCCAGAACCUGCGUGGGGGAAUCUUCCAGAAAUUCAUUGAGAGUGACAAGUUCACACGAUUCUGCCAGUGGAAGAACGUGGAGCUGAACAUCCAUCUGACGAUGAAUGACUUCAGCGUUCACCGCAUCAUUGGCCGUGGCGGCUUUGGGGAGGUCUACGGCUGCCGAAAAGCAGAUACAGGCAAAAUGUACGCCAUGAAGUGUUUGGACAAGAAGCGCAUCAAGAUGAAACAAGGCGAGACACUGGCCCUCAAUGAGCGCAUCAUGUUAUCCCUCGUCAGCACUGGGGACUGCCCAUUCAUCGUGUGCAUGUCAUAUGCCUUCCACACGCCCGACAAGCUCAGCUUCAUCCUCGACCUCAUGAAUGGGGGGGACCUGCACUAUCACCUGUCUCAGCAUGGCGUCUUCUCAGAGGCGGAGAUGCGAUUCUAUGCAGCCGAGAUCAUCCUGGGCCUGGAGCACAUGCACAGCCGCUUUGUGGUGUAUCGUGAUCUCAAGCCAGCAAACAUCCUUCUGGAUGAAUUUGGGCAUGUCCGUAUCUCAGACCUGGGCCUGGCCUGCGAUUUCUCCAAGAAGAAGCCUCAUGCCAGUGUGGGCACCCACGGGUACAUGGCUCCAGAGGUGCUGCAGAAAGGAGUAGCGUAUGACAGCAGCGCUGACUGGUUCUCACUGGGCUGCAUGCUCUUCAAACUGCUACGAGGGCACAGCCCCUUCCGGCAGCACAAGACAAAGGACAAGCAUGAGAUUGACCGUAUGACCCUCACCAUGGCUGUGGAGCUGCCUGACUCCUUCUCCCCAGAGCUGUGCUCCUUGCUUGAAGGGCUGCUGCAGCGAGAUGUCAACCGGCGGCUGGGCUGCAUGGGACGCGGGGCUCAAGAAGUGAAGGAGGAGCCAUUCUUCAAGGGCCUGGACUGGCAGAUGGUUUUCCUUCAGAAGUACCCACCACCCCUGAUCCCACCCCGUGGGGAGGUGAACGCAGCUGAUGCCUUCGACAUUGGCUCCUUUGAUGAGGAAGACACAAAGGGCAUCAAGCUGCUGGAGAGUGACCAGGAGCUGUACCGCAACUUCCCGCUCACCAUCUCGGAGCGGUGGCAGCAGGAGGUGACGGAGACUGUCUUUGAGGCUGUCAAUGCUGACACCGACAAGCUGGAGGCUCGCAAGAAAGCCAAGAACAAGCAACUGGGCCACGAGGAAGAUUACGCCAUGGGCAAGGACUGCAUCAUGCAUGGCUACAUGGCGAAGCUGGGCAACCCCUUCCUCACACAGUGGCAGCGACGCUACUUCUACCUCUUCCCCAACCGCCUUGAGUGGCGUGGGGAGGGUGAGUCGCCGCAGUCCCUGCUCACCAUGGAGGAGAUCGACUCCGUGGAGGAGACACAGGUGAAGGAGCGGAAGUGCAUCUUGCUCCGUAUCCGUGGGGGCAAGCAGUUCGUGCUGCAGUGCGACAGCGACCCUGAGCUGGCACAGUGGCGGAAGGAGCUGCGCGACGCCCAGCGCCAGGCCCAGCAGCUGCUGCAGCGGGUGCCACGCAUGCAGAACAAGCCCCGCUCACCCGUGGUGGAGCUCAGCAAAGUGCCGUUCAUCCAGCGCUCCGCCAAUGGCCUCUGACCCAGUGCCUGCCCACCCACCCACGUGCCCUUGUUCCCUGCUCCCACCCCGCCUCUAAUUUAUUGGGUUGGGUUCCUGCGUGCCCUGUCACCUUUUGUUGUCCCCAUGCUGGGCGUUGCUGGCCUACUGUGCGCCAGCCUGGCCCACUGGGUGCUUUGGUGCCUGUUUGCCCUGCUGCCAGGCACCCACAAAGCUGGGCGCAGAGGGGACACAUCCCCAGCAUCAGUCUUAGGCCAGCCUCUAGCCUGAGGGACACAGGCACUGAUGCUGGGCAUGAAGCUCCACUUGGCACCUCUCCCCUGUGAACUCUUCAGCUAAGAUGAAGGUAGCCUCGAUGCCCGCCCCUCUCUACACCACUCUCCGCUUGGCACUUGUGGCCUCUACCCCAUGCCUGCUUCGCCACAACUGUGUGUGCCAAACUGGCUGGGUGAAUGCCUAGCUGUGACCUAGCAGAGUCCUGGCCAAUUUGUUUCACCUGGCCUUUGCCCACCUCCCAGGGAGCAGGCAUGCCCCAGCCUGGCUGUGCCCACCCUGAGGGUGCCCCAGCUUGGCCGUGCCCGCCUUGUGGGUGCCAUGUCCUCUGUGUGUGUGUGUGUCUGUGUCUGUGUCUGUGUGUGUCUGUGUCUGUGUGUGUCUGUGCCCGGGGGGACCCCGUGUAAAUAUUGUGCCAUGGGCCCCCUGCGCCGCCCGCGUGUACCAGCCCUGCCCAGCACAUGUGCCCCUGCUGCCACCCCACUGCAUGACGAUAUCCUGGGCAAGGGCGGGCUAACACUAGGCCCCUGCUGGCCCCCAGCCUCAAGCCAACGGGGUGGCAAUGCCUAGCUGCGGGGCAUUAAGGUGAUCAAUAAGGAAAGAGCAGUGCUCCCCCACCACACACACAGCUGGCCCCAUGUGAGCCUGGCCUGCUGCCUGUGUUCCCAGUGCUAUCCCAGUGCCUGGUGGGCACAGGGGCAGGAUGCCACCUCCCAGUGCCCACCUCUGCCUCCCGCCCUGCUCCCUGGCAGCACCUGUAAAUAUUGGUAUCCAGUUGGUCUGCACUGGGUGGGCAGAGGUGGUACCAGGGGUGGCAGCUGAUCUGUGAAUGUGAUUUUAAUGACCAGAGACGUGAGAAUGCAAAAAAAAAAAAAAAAAAAAAAAAAAAAGAGAGAGAGAGAGAGAGAGAGAAAAGAAAAAGAAAGUUUUUAUAAUAAAAACCUGGAAAAUCCAGCUUUAUCUUGUUGUGGGGAUUACAGUGCUCCCAUGCCGUGUCUCUCAGUGGCGACUCUGCUUGCCUGCUGCCCCCAGCUCUGGCUGAGCUUUGGGUCACCACAGCCCCCCAAAUGGGCAUGCUGGUACACUGGGGACAUGUUGGGGUGCAGGUGGAGGCUGGCACCAUGCCAGCCCUGGUGCCCUGUGGGACGGGUCUCGGAGCAGGCGUGGACAGUGCUGGAGAAGGUGGGCACGGCUGCGUGGGAAGGAUGCCUGCUUUGGCUCUCAGCUCGGGAGGGAUGUGCAGCAGAUUCAGACAGACAGAGGGGUCUAGUUCCCCCAUGCCUAUGCUGUCCCCAUGCCAGCGGCACCAGGCAGUGUCCCUCCCACCUGCAUCCCAUGCAGGUGACACACCUGGGGCAAGGCCGCAGGAAUCAGCUGCCCAGCCUGCACAGUGACAUUCGCAUGCCUGCUCCCACCCCAGCAUCUCUUCCACCCAACCCACUGCACUGGGGCCAGGGCUGGUCCUACCCCCGCCCCUUCCCAGUCAAGGUCCUUACUGCUUCCAGGGUGUUUAUUGGGGGCAGGAAGGGAUUGCCAGGGCUGGAUGGUGACAAGACCUGGGUCUGUGCCCCAGGCGGCUGCCUGGAGGAUUCUCUGAGGUCUAAUAAAGGGGUUGUGCUGAGGCCACUCCCAGCAUA